GGCUGCGGGGCGCAUCGCCUGGCCCAGGCCCAAAUGUCAGCAUGAUUGAGAACUGACUCAGAAUCUCAAGACUUUAUUUAAACAUCUGAUACGUGAAAGGAAGGGGUUUAACAGACCACUAAACAUGGCAGACCCUUCAGCCGAAGUUCCCUUUUCUGUGAUCACACAACCACAGCUAACUGAGUCUACAGUGAUGAGCGAACCCCAGUGCUACUACAACGAAACCAUUGCCUUCUUUUACAACAGAAGUGGGAAGUACCUAGCCACUGAAUGGAACACUGUGAGCAAGCUUGUGAUGGGCCUCGGGAUUACAGUAUGUGUCUUCAUCAUGCUAGCCAACCUCUUAGUUAUGGUGGCCAUCUACGUCAACAGGCGUUUCCACUUUCCUAUUUAUUACCUAAUGGCUAACUUAGCUGCUGCGGACUUCUUUGCAGGGCUGGCGUAUUUUUACCUAAUGUUUAACACAGGACCCAACACUAGAAGACUGACUGUAAGCACCUGGCUCCUUCGCCAGGGUCUCAUUGACACUAGCCUGACCGCCUCUGUUGCCAACUUGCUGGCUAUCGCCAUUGAGAGGCACAUCACAGUGUUCCGCAUGCAGCUACAUACCCGGAUGAGCAAUCGGCGCGUGGUGGUGGUAAUUGUUGUCAUCUGGACUAUGGCUAUUGUCAUGGGCGCCAUACCAAGUGUGGGCUGGAAUUGCAUCUGUGACCUCGCCCACUGUUCCAACAUGGCACCACUCUAUAGUGACUCUUACUUGGUCUUCUGGGCUAUUUUCAACCUGGUCACCUUUGUAGUCAUGGUGGUCUUGUAUGCUCAUAUCUUUGGGUACGUGCGCCAGAGGACUAUGAGAAUGUCUAGGCACAGUUCUGGACCACGUAGGAAUCGGGAUACCAUGAUGAGUCUUCUGAAGACUGUGGUCAUUGUGCUUGGUGCUUUUAUAAUCUGCUGGACUCCAGGAUUAGUCUUGCUGCUCCUUGAUGUUUGUUGCCCGCAGUGCAAUGUCCUGGCAUAUGAAAAAUUCUUCUUGUUACUUGCUGAAUUCAACUCUGCCAUGAACCCCAUCAUCUACUCUUACCGGGACAAGGAAAUGAGCGCGACCUUCAAACAGAUUCUUUGUUGUCAGCGGAACGAAAAUGCCAAUGGCCCAACAGAAGGCUCUGACCGAUCUGCUUCUUCGCUCAACCACACCAUCUUGGCUGGAGUGUGUAGUAAUGAUCACUCUGUGGUUUGAAAUUGAACUGAAAGGGUUUUUUUUGUUUUUCUUUUUUUAAGGAAACAAAAACAAGACACCCACACAUGAGAAUUUAGUGCUGGGUGGAUUACUAGUUAUAAAACAAUUGACAACAUUGUUGGAGGUCUUGGAAGCAGAGGAGAAUAACAAUUUUACUAAGCUCUACUUUAAUCACUAAUGGACGAUAGUACUUUAUUCACCAGUGCCCAGUCCACAAAAACUGCCCAGUCUUUAGAAGCCUCACUGUUGUUUUGUUCUUAUCUUCUGCUUGGUGGAAGUAGAAAACGAGCUGCUUACACUGGGAAGCUGACAAACGUUUGGGAAAGCCAUUUUUAAAGCUACUCAUAACUAGCCUUCAUCAGAUGAUAUUUUUGUGAUGGCCCUAACUGAAAGCAUCUCCAAUUAAUUAAGCUUAAUAACUGCUUCAGUGCCUUCUCAUUUAGAAAUUUAGGCUUCCUCCUUGUUGUUGUUUUUAAAAUGCAUUUCAUUAAUAAUUGUCCCCAUCAGCAUGCUUUGUGAUGGACAUUUUCAGGGCAAGGACAGAAACCUGUUGUAGCCUUCAUUUUUAUUUACACUGCCAAUAACAAUGAAAAACACCUGUUUUACUACUACAGUUGUCAAUAUAGCGGCUGGGAAAUGAAUGUCUUUCCCUUGAUUUACUAGAGUUUGAAAGCAGGCUUGUUGAAGACAUGGAUGUGCUUAAUUCUCACACUGAAAUCGGUGGGAAUUAAAAGUUGUUUGGUGACUGGGUAUAUUGCCCCCAAGACAUUUAGCGUUCUUUAGUAAAGAAUUAAGCAAUCUGCGUGACAUAUACUGGAAGUUUUAAGAAGUUUCUCAUGGCCAGAUCAUGUGGUGGAUUAUAAAAUUCUGAAAGAGCCACCUUCAAAUUGGCUAAGGUGAAGCAUGACCAUGCGUAUGUUUUUUAAGUGUAUUUGUAGUGUCAAGUCUUCUAAUUAAAGGGAUUUUACUUUUGGGGGAAAGUAAAACUUUUUUUAAAAGAAGGAAUUUUCUUCGCUGUUUUGCACAGAGUGGGAGAUAUUUCUUUUUGAUUUUUCAUAUUGCUUAGGUCUGGGAUGUAUGUGGCCAGUUUUCCUCUUACUCGCCCUAAAAAAGCCUGUGACAGGAUUGAGGGGGAUGACAGAUUUAUCUAGUUCCAGUGGGGAAUGCUUAAUCUAGUAGGGAUAUUUCCGUCUUUUCUUUAUUUUUAAAGCCACUGACUGUGAGAAUGGCAACAGCAGGCCUCUCUCCACUCAUGCCACAACUGGAUCUCAUAUUCUUUUCACUGUUCACUGAGGUUUAAGGUUCAAAUGGCAGUUGGUAGAGAGAUGGAACUUAUCACCACCAUCACCCUCACAGACAGCGUAUUUUAAGAUGUAGGAAAAGGUAAUCUUUCUACGGUAGGCAACUCUCACCGGAAAUCAGAUGAACCAAUUCAGUCACCCCUCCCCGCCCACACACACAAAAAAGUAACCCCACAUUUGCUACCUAAGAAAGAGGUGGCAAAUUCUGAGUGCUUUUGCACCUCGGCCCUAAUUUUCCUUGUCAUCCAACUAUUUCCUUGACUCAAAGUCCAAUUUCUGUUUGGUUUUGAUUUUUGUUUUACAGGCAACAUAAAUCAGUAUCACAAUGAAAAUCUGUUAGUAUUCUGUUCCUACAAACAAGAUUUGUUAUUUAGAAAAAUGGAUUUAGAGUUAAGCCUUUGCUUUCAUUACUGUAAUCUCUCGAUGGAGAUUAAAUAUAAAGAGCUCUCUAUAGCGAAGGCUAAGGAUUAAAAAAAAAAGGAAAAAAGAAUUUGGGACCGUUGUGAUAUUGGUGUAGCUCGCUACAUCAGUAACAAAUUUGCAGGCCUUCUGUGCUGAGAAUCUGCAUACAUCGGACAGAACAUUUGCUUGAGACCUUUGCUUAAAAUAGAUCCCUCAUUCUAAUGUUCUGGAGCAACACAUUCAAGAUAGUACCAUGUUUGUGAGGUAGAGUAUGUAGAUUUCUAAGAACAACGUAUAGCAAUGUCAAAAAGGUAAAGAGUAUGUACAAACAUAGAAUAUUUAGUAAUAUCCUAAGUGAAAGUAACUGAGAAGUGUGGCUCAUCAUACCAAAAGGUACCCAGAAAUCACCUGCCAGUUAACCAAAAGUUUGUGAGAUGGCAAAUAUGAAAUGAAAUUAAAAGCAAUGAACCCAUUGUUCUUUACUUAUGUAAUUUGCCUAAUGAAGAAGUCAGACUGUUAGAUUUUUUUUUAAAAUGCCCUCCAUGCUAAGCCACUAAUAAAGUUCUCUCGAUGAAUAUGUAA